CCCUGCGCUGGCGGGGCCGGAGGCCGCAGCCAGCGCAGAGGCGGCGCCCCCAGCGGAGGCGUUGCAACGCCUCCGCCUCCAACUGGAGGCGCCCGCUGCGCGGAUGAGCGGAGCGGGCGGUGCGGAGCCUGCCCCGGUGCGCCCCUCGUUCAGCACCAUUGCGGCCGGCCUGGCCGACAGGGAAUCCACCGGCCACGGGCGGGCCCGCAGCUCGGGUCAGCGUGACACCGCCAGCGGCCAAGCGGCCCCACGUCACAGGCCUCGCCUGCCCGCCGCCGCGGGUCCCAUCAUCACCUUGACCGACGCCACGGCGUGCGCCUCACGGCGCGUCCCCGCGCCGGUCGCCCCGCGCCCGCUUCCCCGCGCCCGCUUCCCCGCGCCCUCGGAUGAGGAGCAAUACACGGCUGCGGGGGCCGCGGAGCGCUGGCGGACCCUGGGCCGCACUCAUUAG